CAGCCACACUUCUUCUGUGGCCUGCCUGCUUCAUAAUGGUACCCAGAGUAAUGAUCUUAGCCUGCCUCACCACUGUAAUGGUCCAGGCAGAAGUACAGGAAGACUUCUCCCCUGAAUGCAGAGAAUUCUUGUUUAUGGGCACACCACCUCGGGGACUGGAGGAAAAUACCCUGAAGAGGAUCUGUCAGCGCUACAAUGGCAAAGCACGCUAUGUCACUCUAUACGAUGUCGUCAAUCAUAUUCCUAUCUACUCUGCCUAUACCUUCAAACGUAACGAUGGAUCCAAGCAAGUGGACGCACCUUGGAUGUAUGAGCCCCAGCUGUCCACUGUCGCUGCCGAUAGAGAGAUGCAGCCCUUUCCCCUUGAGUAUGAGAUCCAUAACCGCUUUGAGGAUGCCCAGGCAGUCCUGGAGGACUACUCCAACACAGUGAGAUUCGAGCGUGGCCACCUCAACCCAGACGAACACCAGGACCUCCUCGACGACAAAGCGGCCACCUACACUCUCACCAACAUCAUCCCGCAGGCCCGCGAGUUCAACAUCGGGCCAUGGCAACAGCAUGAGCACACCCUCCGCCGUCGCCUGAACAACUAUUGCCGUGGAACUGCCUACGUGGUUACUGGUGUUACCACCUCGGGCAGCAUGAUUCACAAGCACAACGCAUACCGCGUGGCUGUUCCCACUUACUUGUGGUCCGCAUACUGUUGCGUGGACUACGACCAUAACGCACCCUUUCAAGAGCGCUCCAAGUUCCCAGCUCACGCCGUGCACGGUCUCAAUGAGGACGAGGGGGAGGUUGUGGGGAUGUCGGUUCAGCAACUGGAAGGCUUUCUGCGGAUGAACACCUACGUAGACAAGUCCUUCCAAAUAUUCUAUGAUGACUGCGUCCCCACUGAGACCAAGUUAAGGCAGUAGAAUACACACUAAUGUUAACACAUAUCCACACCAUUAAAUGUUUAAAUACCUACUCCACCAAAAAACUGCCACUUUUUGCUUUACAUUUUUUAAAGGGAGGAUAGAAUGCAUAACAUGUAUAUGACCUAUAGGGCCAAACCAAAGAUGAGGCUGUUCUUUUUAUUUCAUUCAACAGACACUAAAGAUAUGUAUAUAGUGAUAAAGAGAAGACUUUGGUCUUUGACCUUUUAACUAUAGGCCUAAUUGAUCAUAAAUACAGUAUGUUUAUCUUGAUUACACUUAGAGCUACAUGAUGUACUAUUUUUCCCAUGAUAUAAUAAAAUGACAGAUCUCUGAAGGAUUGCAUCUGCUUAAAUAAAUGAUGUGAGCAUAAAUAUAUAAAUGUUCGCUCUUUCUGUCUUGUCUACAUAUCUUUGUGUCGCGUGUGUAUGUGCAGUGUGUUGUGUGUGGGCUACAGACCACAAAUUAAUAUACUAAACAAUCGUGCAAGGAAUUCUUCCUACUGGAAUGCUGGCAUUAUAUAAUAUAUACAUAAUAAAAUAUAAUAUUAUAUAAUAAUACAUUUAGACAAGAAUUUAGACAGGAAAUAAAUGGAAAUAAAAAAAAAAUAAAAAAAGGAACAAAAGUACAAAGAAUUAAAACAACAUAACACAAAAAUAAAUACAAAAGCACUAAUAAAUAAAACACAAAACAAAU